CUAUAGGUGACCUGGGGCUUGAGAAACCUCCCAAGAGAUCCUGACUUUUAUAAGCCCUCCUACCUCACCGCGCGAAGGUGCCUGGUUGAACCCAACUCUACUCACUCCCCCCAUCAAUGUCAUGACGCGAGAUACCCAGGCACUUUAUGACGAGCGUGAUCCUGUCACUGAUGCCGAAGUCUAUACAGCCUUGUGGGCUGCGGCACCCUUCCCUCAUCUUCCAAACGAUGCUCCGAAUGAGUUAAAGAAGCUUACGAUCGAUAUUGAUGACCCAAGACGAGUAUACGCUAUACACCGGGCAAGUCGGCGGCAUCAUUUCCAUAUUCUAGUGGAGAGGUACAUCUUGCAAAUUCGAUACGGCUGCAAAUCAAACUCUUGCAAUACACCAACAUGCUUCUCUUGCCGCAAACGAAUAUCUGCGAUAGCGGGAGUGCCUGUUCGUCGAUACAAUGCGACGAGCGCGAGGACCCUAGCAGUAUAUCUGGCUUCUCAGGAUAAUCCUGAACAAGGUCUCUGUCACAACCCAAGCGCCGAGCAACCUGUUCCGCCGACUAAAAAGCCUCUGAAACAUUUUCCAAGCAGAAAUUCCACGCUUGGAGAGAAUGGCUCCACAAGUGGAGAGGGGGGUCUGAGUGGGAGACGGAAGAAUAGCGAUAUGCCCAUGUCCGAAAAAAAGCCUACACCCAUAUCCAAAGGUUCAUCGGCCGAAGACAUUGCUGAGCCACAAACAAAGGUAGCAAAGGAGGGACCAGUAAAAAACAGAAGAGGGUCGAUUGUGGAUAUCUUAGAUGAGCACACGACAAUAGAUCACCGGUCAUUUGUCCAGAAUGUUUUUGGAACAGUUGCAUUCAAAAUGCUCGAAUGGCUCACGCCCCGAAACAUCGAUAUCUUGGCCAGGUCCGGAGACAAAGACGCUAUGCCAGUGGAAGAAGUUGCAAACCCUUCGAAUUUAUCACAAUCGAGCAGACCGAAGACCACCUCUGAAACAGCAGCCAAGGAGGGGACAGAGGAAGCUGUAUCAAAUACAUCACUUGCGCAACAGCCCGAGGUACAAGACGGAAAACCAGCAGAUGGGCCUGACGUUGCGCCCCAGAGACCAGCGUCAUCAAAGCCAGGUGCUGCGGUUAAUGGGGAGACAAAAGCCAAUGGUUUUCUAGAUUCGAAGCCAGCCUCUAAUCCAACGACUACUCCUAUGCCAAUUCCAAACCCCCGCAAAUGGGCAGAUCAAUCCGAAUCCCAGCUAUCGAAGGGUAUAUUAAACGUCUCCGCACCCAAGGCAUCUGAGAAUCAUUCUGACAGGAGGCCAUUAUCUCGAGACCGUUCAAUUUCCAUGUCCAAACGGAGGGUGCCUCGGCAGAACAUGGUCACAAGCCCCAAGAUGCGCGUUGCUGAGAUUGCUUCCCUAAACCCACUUCACACUCAGCCUAUUAGGGACAUAGGUAAUCUAAGACUGGAUGUGCCUGAAGUCUAUGAAGACGAGAAAGCGACAAGCAAAGAAGGCUUCCAAGAAUACCAUGAUCUUGAACAGACCUCGAGGGAGCCCCCAAAGCAGACCUUGGAGACUGUCCAACCAGCUCCAGUCAAGAACGUAGCAUUACCACAAUCACUCUCACGGCUCUCUAUUGAGAUCAUUGAGCUGAUUUGCGACAUUCUGCAGCUUGAUAAUACAUAUGAGGAUCACUCUCUCCACCCACGGAAAAUUGAUGAGAGCAUGAAAAGGUAUCGAAAUCACGAAAUGGUGUUGAAACGGAAUUCUUCCCAACUUACGCCUUCCGCUUAUCCAUCCUCAUUAAAGAAAAUGUGGCAGUCUUUCAUAGAACAGGCAUUAUUCGAUGUGCUCUCCAACCCGGACUCUCUGCUACAAUCCUUUAGGAAUAACGAAAACUUAUUCGACACACAAACGCUCUGGUACCUCAUGCUCCGGAUGACUCGAGUGGCUCCAUCUUUGGUGUUCGACAGUCUAUGGAAUGUAACGGGAACUCUUUUCCGGCCUCCGGAGAAAUUAGAGAAUGCUUACGACUGGGCCAAAGAACCUCUAUCCUCCGGGAUUGCUACUAAUAGAGCUGUGUCAAACUUUGAUGCAGCACAAAUCAUGAAUAUCUGUCUCCAUGCCCUCGUUGCAGCUGCACCUCUCGUAUCUGAUGCAAGACAAUUGGCGAACAUGUCUCGAAUACGGUCAUAUGGCUUCACGACGCUUGGUAGGGCCCAGUCAUCUGCCUUGGAACCAACGGCGCUAUGUCUUCAAUAUGAUGAUGCAUUCACAAACGACCUGGCAUUAAGAUUAGCAAGGAGACUCUUCGCGGCAAUACCAACGAGACGUCGGUAUGCAGAAUUACUUGAACUCCAGCAGGAGGUCCGCAGUGAUGAAAAGCGCGAGCCUGACAUUUUGGAAGCUGUUCUUGCAACCUUGAAAUACCCCGACCUAGGUACACCAUCAAUACUCAAUUUCUCGGAUAGCGAACGUGAUUUGCACGAAAAGAGAGUUCCAACUUUGAUUCUCGAUUGGGCUAGGACAGUAAUGUUGCAAGACUGGGAAGGGACUGCGGAAGUGCCUGGUGACGGGCCCUUCGGGGGUGCUCUGGCUAUGAUGGCCGCAAUCUAUAAGAACCGAAAGUCGUUACUUCUUGGUGAUAUCCACUUCAGGACCGAGUACUUUGCCGAACGACUGGAUCCAGUUGAGAUGCCUAUCGAAUGGCUCAACUUCUCGCCUAACAAAAGAAUUGUCCAUUUGCUGGAUUAUCCCUAUCUAUUUAAUCCCUCAACCUUGGUUACCUACUUCCGCGCGAUCAAUUACUCACGUAUGAACCAAGCGUAUGAAACGGCAAAAGCUACUCAGACUCUUAUACGAGAUGUCGCAGAAACCAAUUUGAUGGCUGACGAGGAUCGUCGGCAGAAACUUUUCGAUGACAGUUUGAAAACCGCUACUUCAAGGUUCAUGGUGCUUGAGAUCCGCCGGACCAAUGUGCUUUUGGACACUUUCAAUUCAAUAUGGCGGCGAGAGGAGCGUGAGUUGAUGCGGCCCUUAAAGAUUCGUCUAGGUGAAGAAGGUGGUGAAGAAGGCUUGGAUUCUGGUGGUGUACAGCAGGAAUUCUUCCGACUAGCUGUCGCGGAAGCUCUGAAUCCCGAUUAUGGCACCUUCACUAUUGACCCCCGAACCAGGAUGACCUGGUUUCAGCCAGGUUCGCCAGAACCUCUAUGGAAAUUCCAGCUCAUCGGCAUGAUUAUUUCGCUGGCCGUUUAUAACGGUCUCACAUUACCGGUGACCUUCCCGAAGGCGCUGUACAUGAAGCUUCUUGACGAAGAAGUCUCGGAACUGCAUCAUAUUGCCGAUGGCUGGCCUGAUCUAGCCAACGGGCUCACUACCCUCUUAGAAUGGGAUGAAAAGGACGGCUUAGUAGAAGACGUCUUCGCCCGAACGUAUGAGUUCAGCGUUGAGCAGUUUGGCCAGCCUAUAAGUCUUGAAAUGGGAACGGAACGCAGGUCGUGGCCUCAAUUCUCAGACUCGAAUUUUUCCAGUCCAACCGAUGCGCCUUUGGUCACCAACGCAAACCGCAACAGCUAUGUAAGUGACUACAUUCGCUGGCUGACCGAUAUCUCAAUCCAGCCCCAAUUUGAGGCCUUCAAACGUGGUUUCUUCACCUGCAUUGACCGCCGCUCCAUCACCCUGUUCGACCCAGAGACUCUUCAAUCUGUCGUUGAAGGCAUACAAGAAAUCGAUAUUUCGGAACUGCGACGCACGACGCGCUACGUGGGGUGGGACGCAUCUCACCGUAGCGUAAGAGAUUUCUGGAGUAUAGUCAAAAGGUACGAUAUGGAGCAGAAGAAAAAGUUACUUGAGUUCGUUACGGCUAGUGAUCGUGUGCCUGUUGGCGGGAUGAGGAACCUGCAGUUCACGCUGCAAAGGAAUGGGGUCGAUGACAGGCAUUUGCCAAGUAGUUACACGUGUUAUGGGAUUUUGCUACUGCCGGAGUAUUCGAGUAAGGAUGUGUUGAGGCAAAAGUUGGCCAUGGCGUUAGAGAAUUCGACGGGCUUUGGGUUUGCAUAGGGGCUAUGUGUAUGGAUUGUGCAUUGGGGGAUCGGCAUCAUACAUGGGCUGGAAUAGACAUCGGUCUUCAGUUACUCCAUGAUUUCUUCAUAGAACUAAGUAUAGCCAAAAACAGGCAUACUGAAACGGUGGAAAAUUAGCGAUAUAUGAGACUCUGAUAACAUUUAGGCAUUCCGUUACCACAUACAUCUCUUUAAGGAACCAUAGCAGAUUACCGCAAAAUGUCAUGCU